AAACAGCUGACAGUGAACAACAACACAGGAGUCAGCUCCUGCAGGUGCUGCUGUGUGACUGUGUGAGAGUGGAGCUGCUGCCACGUUCAUGCUGCUACAACCUGUAGCUCCUCUUGCAGGAGGACCGUGCUGCGAGCUGAUCCACUGAGGAAGAGGAGGGAGACGAGGAGGAGGAGGAGGAGGAGGAGGACGCGCGGAGCUCCGUCGUCCAUCCCCGGCCAGCCCCGCACGAUGGCCCCGUCUCUGAUCCGCGCCUGCCGCAGUCUGGCUCUCUCGACGUGGCUGCUCUCCUUCUGCUUCGUCCACCUGCUGUGUCUGGACUUCACGGUGGCGGAGAAGGAGGAGUGGUACACGGCCUUCGUCAACAUCACGUACCUGGACCCCGUCACCGCGGAGGUGAGGACGGAGAAGACCGAGUGCGGUCGCUACGGCGAGCACUCGCCCAAGAAGGAAGCCCGGGGUCUGGUGCUGCUGCCGAGCCCCCUGCAGGACAGACAGGCGUGCGACCCCCACGUCAGGUUCCCCCCCGUGUCUCACAACGCCGCAUGGGUGGCGCUGGUGGCUGCGGGGAACUGUACCUACAGGGACAAGAUCCGGAACGUCGCCAACCUCAACGCCUCUGCAGUUGUCAUAUACAACGUGGGCUCCAGCAGCCCCAACGAAACCAUAACAAUGCCCCAUCCAGGUACAGGUGAGGUUGUCGCCAUCAUGAUCCCAGAGCCUAAAGGUCGUGAGAUCGCGACCUUGCUGGAGCGGAACACCAUGGUCAUGCUGCAAAUCACCAUUGGAACCCGCAACCUGCAGAAGUACGUGAGCAGAACGUCGGUGGUGUUCGUCUCCAUCUCCUUCAUCGUGCUCAUGAUCAUCUCCCUCGCUUGGCUCGUCUUCUACUACAUCCAGAGGUUCCGCUACGCCAACGCACGGGACCGCAACCAGAGGCGUCUUGGAGAUGCUGCCAAAAAAGCCAUCAGCAAGCUUCAAGUACGCACCAUUAAGAAAGGGGACAAGGAGACUGAGUCAGACUUUGACAACUGUGCAGUUUGCAUUGAAGGUUAUAGACCUAAUGAUGUUGUGAGGGUAUUACCGUGCAGGCAUGUUUUCCAUAAACACUGUGUAGAUCCGUGGCUGCUGGACCACCGGACAUGUCCCAUGUGUAAAAUGAACAUCCUCAAAGCCUUAGGAGUUACUCUCAACGCAGACUGCUUAGACGAGAUUCCUCCAGACUACGAGAUGUCUGUCGGAGGUCCAUCCACCAACCCCAUCAGCGGGGCGAGUGAAAUCACAGUGAACGAGAGCUCGGUGGUGCUGGACCCCGCCGACAGAGGGAUAGGCCUGGAGCAGCUCCAACAUGAAGCAGAGACGGAGCUUCAGGCAGGAGAGAGCCACCUCAUGGCCAGCAGUGAGCACCAGCCUCCGCUCAGCUGUGAUUCUGACACUUCUGUCAUCAUGGGCCUGGAGGUGGGUUUGUCUGAAAUAGAGCUGUCAGCGGAGCAAGAAUGUGACGAGGGAAAAUCCUGAGCCGGUCGGAGCAGAGAGGAAAAAAGGAUGAUGAGAGCAGAACAGAGUGAUCGGGGGGCUCCCACAGAUCCGCCGGGUCUUUGGCCCCCUGGAGGAGGUGAUCUCAUGGAAGACGGGAAAAUGAGCAAUACAACCCGUAGCGGCACAAAAACACCCUGCUCUGUGUGUUCCACCUGAGAAACAGACUCGUCCCCGUGUCUGCAGACUUGUUGCUUGCUCGUUCUCUUGCCGUCACGUGUCUUGUGGGUGAACGCAGCUCCCAUAUAUUGUGGUGGUCUAGUUACUCUCCACGUAACCUUUUUCACGUCUUAGCAUCAGAGAUUCACACACACACACGCAGUCCUUGAGAUGUCAGUGGCCUUCACAGCGCUGAGAAGUCAAAAUAUGUUUCUCCUCACUCUGCCUGCUGCUGGACACGGUGUGAGGACGGGAGCGGCAGCGGCUCUUUAACACCCGACUGCAGCUUUAAUUAUGUAAAGAAAUAUAUGUGCAGAUUAUUCGAUUUCUUGCGACGAGAUCACUGCCAACUUAUUCCACGAGUUUUACUGACGUGAUGGAUACACAGCACAUACGGAUCCUCUAUCGAGGUCUCAGCUGGCGUGAAACCAGCAUUUUUUUCAACGUCAAACUUGGGGUAACAUGGUAUUAUCCCCCUGAAACCUUGAAGUUCAUGCGGCCAUGUGGCACGAAGGGUUUAAAACGCGUAUGCACACACACGUUAUGCUGUAAUUUCUAGACGUAACUGUUUCUGUCAUCGUUGUGUCGAGACCUUCGUUUUUAACUGAGUAUUCCUGUUGCUGAGAGGAAAUAACCAAACACGAUAGAUUAUUUCUCACGUCCGACAAUCAUAGUUUGCCACGAGCAGUUUGAAGUGAUGUCACCCACUGCCCUACUGAAACUGCUGCGGAUUCACAAGCUACCACAACACAUGGUGUCGGCCUCCGGCGUCAGGAAGGUAAUGUCUCACGCUCGCGCUGCUGCUGAGGACGGCGGCGGCUGUCACCACCAAAUUCUGGGAGUGUGUACAUACAAGCCAGCCAAUAUACAUAUGUCAACAAGUCUGUGCCAAGUUAAUCAGUGGUAUUCUAAACGUAGCUGUAGUUCGUGUACAUGUGAUUCCCUUGGCUGUCAAUGGAGUCUAAGAGACGCUAAUCUGUGCAUGAAAUGAAACUGAAGAAAUAACAGGAGCACAAAGAAUCUGAAAAUCACAAAAGACUCUGCUCGGUGAAAAGAAGAGGGACUUUUUUUUAAUUUGAAAUAGUCAAAGUUUUAAUUGGGAGGAUUUGAAGCUCUAUUGCAUUUUAUGGCAUGAAUAGAUUGCAGCAUGAAAAUGUUUACAACAUCUACAUCUACAACAUCUACAAUAAGCUUGCGAAUUUUGGAAAACGAAAAGCAUGCCCCCUAGUGUGUGUGAAGUCUUCAGAAACAUCCCCACACUGAAACACCUGAACAGUAGAAAAUGUAGGAUUUAUUAUGUUGCAUUUCUUUUAUGUUGUCCUGCAUCACAGCCAACAUCUGGUUUCUCUGCCGAGUCUCAGCUGAUUAUUAUUUUCCCUCCUGUUCUCUGUGACCACGUAUACUGAAUUUUUACUGUAAUCAAAUUCACAUGUUUGUGAGUCUCAAUUUCAUUUUAUUAUGCUCCUCCUGUCAAUAAUUGAGUCCUGGGGUGAAAAGUGCCCGGCUCAGAGUGGAUGAAACGUGGAGAACGAAAAGAUGCAUUUUGAAAGUUAGUCCUCUUGGUGUUGAUUUAUUCUUAACUUGUGUCCAAAUUUCAUAUUAUAAUCUCAUUAUCUCUGCCAAGGAGGCUUGUGUCUGUUUAUCUGUCAGGAUUUCACAAAACUGAACCGAUUGGCACCAAACUUGAUGGGGGAGGGGAGGGGGGGCAUGGGCCACAGAAGAACCCAUUCACUUUUGUCCUGGAACCAGGAUUCUCUUUUAAUUACUUUUCCCAACAUUGUUGGAUAAGACGGAAUUUCUCAGGAAAUAAUCUGCGGAUAUAAAUAAAAAUUUAAAAAAAGAAUAUGUUUGUGUAGUUGAACUGCAGAUCAAGAGAAUAAUCCUGAUCUGACUGACGUGUAGAACUGGCAGAGGGUUUGCUCUCCACUGAGACCAUUCUAGUGAUAAGCAUGUUUUAGUGUUUUAACACAGUGAAACAUAACAAAAUCAAUUAUACUUAAAAAAGACAAGACACAGACCAAAAAAAGCACUUGAUUGUGUUGAUGGGCCCCAUUAGACUGAAAAAGAUAUAUCUGCAAGUUUCAGAGACCCAGUUGUUACUUUCCUGUCCAGCGCAUAUGCUGUUUGUAUGAAAGGUGCACUUAUACCCAUGGGUGUGCUGGUCUUCAAAUGAUGGUCAGGGUCACUGUCAGGGACAAUUGCUAUUUCCAAACAGUGGUUCGCAGUUGCACUUGCACAGAAACCUGGUCUGAAGUCAGUGGUGCAGUGUUUCAUUGUUAUUUUAAGACACACUCUCCUCCCCACCAGAUGGUUCGCUCAUGUGCAAAGUCUACGAAGAGCACUCUGAUUGGUCUGUUGCUUGUCAAACCCCAAACAGACCCAUUAUCAACUAAAGUACAACAAGCCUGCGUCUGCUGCAGGGACAUUUUUUCCACUGUUGAAACUCACAUAGAAGUGGAAAGUUGAAAACGCCCUAGAUGCAUAUGUGCCAGACCAUGUGCUUAGAUUGUUAGAGGCCAGUGUCUCUGAUUAUUUGCACAAAAAGUACUAAAGAGUCAAAUGACAGCUGAAUACAUGAAAAUGAACUGUGAAUAUCGGUGAAACAGUUGAAAGAAAAUACUAAAUCUUUAAAAAACACAUUUGCCAUCUCAGUGAAGUUAAAUUAACAGCGACAAAUAAAUGACACCAUUUCCCGAUAGUUUGAAAUCACAAAGUUGACUUCCUGUUUGCUAUGAUGAGGAACAUGUAGCUGGGGCACAGUUCCAGACUCUGCUGAUGCUGACUGUGACAACAUAUACAAUCUGCUGCAGUUUUUUAAAUUUAGGAUAAUUAUUCUUCUCUCAUUGUUCUGUUACUGUCUGGACUGUUUCCUCUCACAUUCCUGGAGACUCGCUCCCUAAAGAAGCACAGACGCACUGACUCGAUCGAUGGAGGCAGUGGAAUUUGACUGUUGUUUUUUUUUGUCCUCCAGUCACUGUUUCCAUUAUGUUCUGGAGCAACCUGGGAUUCUGUUACAUAACACACACAUGUCCACACAUUCCCCUUGCUUGGGUUAAUCACAGAAGUGAAGGAUCAUGGGAAAUCCUGGCAAAUGCUUUGCUGUUUCAUAAAAGCUUUGGUAUGAGUCGGGUAUAUUGUGAUGGGGGGGGGGGGUCUGUGAGCCUCUAUGUUCUUUGUUCAAGUCACUUGAAACCCAUGGACACCACAUUGUAGAUAUUAUUAGUUCAUAUAGUCAAAGGUUGAAAUAUUAAUGUUCUAACAUCUGUGAUUCACUCAACCUUAGACUGUUUAUAAAUUGGACGACACGUCUCCACUUCCUCCCACUAUCCAGAAAUGAUGCCAAAAUAUUCAGAAUAAGAGCGCUGCCAUUUUUUGCCUGAGUGCGAUACAUGCUCUCGGCCAAUCAGGAGUCAGUCUCAGCUGUCAAUUAUGACAUUUCCCCCGUUUUUAUAGCAUCAAAUACCUCGUGAAAACCAAACCUUCCGGAAACAUGAACAAAAUCUGCGUGAUGUGAACUACUCUAAAAUGACAGAAACCAUCUUUGAGGAAAAUGUUCUUUGACUUUUUAAUUUGGUCCACGUCCCAUCCACCAACAAGGAGGAAGUGGAGUUUACGACCUAUACUGCAGCCAGCCACCAGGAGGCGAGUGAGAUGAAUUGGCUUCACUUUGCUGGUGAUGGAUAGGUUUUCAAUUACCUCCCGUUUAGUUGUAAGCACGUAUAAUGAGCGGCUCAACAUGUAACCGACUAUUUCCCCUUCACUGAAAAUUAUAGCAGCACUAUGUAAGAAUUCAUAAAUGGACAUUUUCAUUUAUCUUGAGCUAUACCCCUUUUUUUGUGGAUAGGAGGGUGGAGAUUGAGGGAUUUAUGCCAGUUUGACGUGAAUCUGGACUUUUACAAGUCUCGGUAUGUUGCAUCAGCUCACAUGGUAAUGAAAUAGCACAAUACAUAAGAUAAACCACAAACACCCAACAGCAUCACUAUCUGCUGCUCUCCUCGUCUCACUUGUUCGUGGGUCUUCUGUAAUCUUCUCACUUUAACAGCCUCUCCAUCCGACCAUUUGUUUAGUUGGCCAAACAUCAAGACAAAGCAAAGCACAUUCAUUUUCAGUGCCAGAUCUCUCAGUUCUGGCCGCACAGCUUGAUGAAAUCCGUUUGUCUAAAAGAGGAUUAAGGCCUUGUGGUUUUUUCCAGAUGGACUCAGACAUGAUGGAUUAAUCUAUAGCGCCAUCUCUCCGUUUAUUGUGUUUCAGUAACAAACCUCCCUUAGGAAGAAGUAGAAUUCAAAUGUAGAAACAUGAGUCUGCUCCGUGUAAUUGUCCUGAAUUGUACCUGCGACAUUGCACAACACUUCUAUUUAUGUGUUUCCCAAUUAAUUCCAACUGGUUUCAUGGAAAGAUUGUUGUAAUUUAAUUGUGGGGGAAAUUGUCCUGAAGAGAAAAGUGUAAUUUUAACAAAAGUAUUCAUAGAUUACUGAAAACCUUAUUUGCCUCAGUUGCUAAUUUGAUUUAUGUCAUGUAUUAUCUUAUUUGCCAGGGACGCUUCUCACUUAUUAAAAGCAGAAUAUCUCGUUAACUAGCGAGUUAAACUUAAAGACUGGUUUUCUUCAGUUGUCCCUGUGGUCAGAUGUUAAUCUUUUGGCCUAAGAUUUAAUUAAAAUAACAUAAAGCACAUUUAAUUAGUACAGUUUAACACACUGUAGUUACAACAGUAAAACCCAUACUAAAUACAGUGUGUGAGAAAUAAUAAUAUAACUUAAUUGGACAACUACUUGCAUGUUGACAAAUUAAUUGAAAUAAAUGUACCAUUUGAACACUUUUCUUAGAACUUCGUUUUCCCUCUAACUUUUAUAAUUUGACAUAGAUGUUUCCAGUAUACAUUUCAUUAAAAUAAUUUAUAAAUACUUGGACCGGGUGGACCUGUAUAGUUCAGCAUUACACAUCUUUUUUUUACUUAUUAUAAUUGUUGUCGUUUUUUGUUGUUGUUCUCCCGACACAUUUCUUCUCAUUGUGUAAACCUUCGUAUAUAUUGCACUUUAUCCCUCCAGUGAACAGGGACUGGCUCAACUGAACGACUUGAGAAAUUCUAAAGAAAGAGGGCUACAGUAUUGAACAUGGCACAUGAGUCAAUUGUUGCUCAUUGUAAAAUAUUAUAAUCUUUUAUCUGUACUGUUGUGAGUGAGUGUGUGUGUGUGUGUGUGUGUGGUGGGGGGUUGCGGGGCACCAAUAUAUUGUAACUAUACCCAGCGGAAAUAACAGCAUUGCUAUUUUGUAAUAUAAAAACAAUUAUAUGUACUAUUAGAGGUGUCUCUGUCCUUUUCUUGUACCAUGAUGCACGUGUAGGAAUGUCUAUGAUUUUGACUUUUAAUAAAUUUUACUCCGAUUUUUCCAA